UCCCCGCGCUGCCAUUGGUGGAGGGAAGCGGAAGUGGAGGGAAGAGGAGGCGGAAGCGGCGCGGGCAGCAUGGCGGGGUUCGGGGUGGCCAACGAGCGGCUGCGGGCGCUGGAGGAGCUGGAGCGCGAAAUCGGCGCGUCCCUGCAGAGCGCGGGGCUGGUGAUCCUGGAGCUGUCCAAGGAGAAGCCUCAGGAGCGGCACCUGGACCGUCAGUGCGCCCAGUUCGGGGCCGCCGUGGCCAAGGUGGAGGCGGAGCUCUCGGCCCAGAUCCGCUACCUGACCCAGGUGGCCACGGGGCAGCCCCACGAGGGCUCGAGCUACGCGGCGCGCAAGAGCUGCCAACUGGCGCUGAACCGGCUCGACUACGCCCGGCGGCGCCUGGCCGAGCUGGCACGCGCCUGCGAGCUGAUGCUGGAGCCCUGACACACCUGGGCACACCUGGCACACCUGGGCACACCUGGGGAGAUGGCCGGGACACCGCGGGACACACCUGGAAUGGCCUCGGGACACCAAAAUGUGGAAAAAAUUGGAUUUUAUUGGGGUGGGACACCUUGAAAACAGUGGUAAGAGACUCUGGGCACACCUGGGCACACCUGGGCACUCCUGGGCACACCUGGCACACCUGGGGAGAUCGCCAGGACAGCGUGAGACACACCUGGAAGAGCCUCAGAACGGAAAAAUUGGAUUUUAUUGGGAUUUUAUUGGGAUUUUA